GUCAUUGAAUGGGCUCUCCAUGGGAGAGAUCCUUUCAAGUCACCAAAAGGUUACACUAUCAUUGUCUCUCCAUGGGGUGUUAUUGUAUUGUUUGUAGCACAUUUGUUAACAGGUAUAAAGGUCUGUUCUCACAGACAGUACUUUGGGUUAAGAUUGUAUGAAGGAUGACAUGCUAACAUCACUGCUGAAGAACUGCUACACUGCUACCUUCAAUAAAUUCUUCUCCCCACAAGAACUUUGAUCAAGCUUACUUAUUUUAUGUAUUAGAGAAAUCUAGUACAUUGGCGAGCCACCCAAACUACUGCUCAGCCAAAUACAGCAAAAUCUAACAAUUUGGCGAGCCAGCCAGGAGAGACUGACAAGAAGAGAACUCACCAAUUGCAACAAGAAGUGAACAAAAGAGUUUUGGAAAUUCUACAGUUUUUGUGUUGAAGAUCAACAGACCGCAUCUGUGGACAUAAGUUAUUUGAAUCAACUUGAACCUUUCUCAAAGAUUCUAAUUUGGUGAGUGAAACUAUCAGCUCUCUAAAAGAACUUAAAAGAACACUUUUUCAUAAGUAAGCAGAUCAUUUGAUGUGUGUAGUGUAACCAUAAUAACCAGUGUAGCACUGUUUAAGAAAUGUUUGGCUUAGGCCUUUCUCUUGAGUCUGUAGGAACCUUUUAAAUGAUUUAGUUAAUUCUCCUGAGACUGUAGGAGCUAUAGAAAAAGUGUUUAUAGCUUGGUCCAGUCCUCUUGAGUCUAUAAGAAUCAUUCAAGAAAGAGGUUUAGUCCGUUCUCGUGAGACUGUAGGAGCCAUAGAUGUGUAAUUAUAGGCUUAAUCCUGUUCUCUGGAGUCUGUAGGAAUUGUUUAAGAAACAAUUUAGUCCGUUCAUCAAGAGACUGUAGUAGCAGAGGCUUGGUCCUUUCUCUUUAUGUCUGUAGGAAUUGUUUAAGAAACAAUUUAGUCCGUUCAUAAAGAGAUUGUAGAAGCAGAGGCUUGGUCCGUUCUCUUUUUGUCUGUAGGAAUUGUGUGAAAGAAACAAUUUAGACCAGUAAUCAAGAGACUGUAGAAGCAAGGGCUUGGUACUUUCUGCUUGUAUCUGUAGGAAUUGUUUAAGAAACAAUUUAGUCCGUUCAUAAAGAGAUUGUAGAAGCAGAGGCUUGGUCCGUUCUCUUUUUGUCUGUAGGAAUUGUGUGAAAGAAACAAUUUAGACCAGUAAUCAAGAGAUUGUAGAAGCAUAAGCUUGGUCCUUUCUCUUUUUGUUUGUAGGAAUUGUGUAAAAAAAAAACAAAAAAAAAAAACAAUUUAGUCCAUUUCUCCAGAGACUGUAGGAGUCAUAGAUAGAAUUGGGACUGAUGUUGCUGCAAGAAUUGGGAAUUCUUGACUGGGUGCUAAUUCAGUAGCCACUAAUGUAGAUUUAAAUUAAUGUUCAAACCGAAUUAGAAGAUGAUGGCAUAAAACCAUGAAACUAUAAGUUUGUUUGCCUUCCAUAAAAAUACAGAAAAAAAAAAUAUAUAUAUAUAAUGUAAAUUGUCUAAGGGACAAAUUUGAAAAAGGCAUUCAGCCUUCUGAGCUAGAACUCAAUUCAGACAUUAAACAAGGAAAAUUAGCCUGAAUGUAAAUGUUUCGUUUUAAAUGGAAGAUUGAAAACUAAGCUGAGCUUUUAAACUAAUGAUUUGUCUGUGUAACUGAAAAUGGUCAGUCUAACAGACUGCUGUGAAUUUAAAUCUGAAUAAGUACCUUUAACAGUUCUAACACCUUUUGUUCUGUUUUCACACCUCUGAGGGCACUUUUCCUGUAUUCGCCAUGGCUGAGUCUGCACAAAACAAAGGCAAUAGUCAUGCAUUGAGGCCAACAACAGAAAGACAUGGAACAGAACCUCCAAAUGUUACCAUUGAUCAGAUGUUGGAGAAUCUGAAUGCAUAUCUGGACAAAAGGCUGGGACUGAGGAAGUGCCAUGAUGACAUCUGCCAGAAGUACAGCAUCAAGUACUCAGAGAGUGGACUAUGGGCUUUGCCGGACAUUAAAAGGGCUUAUGGAAAGAUGCAGCGCUUAAGGACAUACACCAACAGAGAUGGCUUGUCUGUAAUUUUGCUCAAACAAAUUCGACAGCAUCUACAGAGAUGUGAAACUGACAAAUUACAACAUGAGAAAAAAGCAGAGAAAGCAAAGGUUCGAGCACUGGCUGAACAAUUACAGACUGUAAAGAAGGACAAAGAAAGACUGUUACAUCAGAAUGACAAGUUGUUAACUUUGCUCUCCAAACGACUGGAAUCAAAAGCUUCAAGCAGCUCUGAUAACAGUGAUGCAGAUAUCAACACACAUACUGAAAUUACAAAGGACAAACUGAAGGUUAGACUUGCUCCUGUAAUUAUUAAGAACAGAAGAACUGAAACUGAAAAUGAAGAGGAGUAUGAGGAAGAUGGUGAACGACGAACUCGCACAGUAAAAAAGGUAAUAAAGAAAUAUGUUCCAUACAGAACAUACCAGCCAGCUACUCCAGAGCAAGUUGACAAAUGGUCAAAAGAAUUGCCAGAUGUGUACAAGCAACCACGGAAAGUAUGGCAAUUUCUUCAACGCUUGCAGAAAAUCUACAAUUUACAUCCACUGGACAGUGUGAUGAUUGUUAAUGUGAACUUAAGAGACAAUGACCAACAACGACUUACAGAAAGUGUUGAAAGAAGGAUUGGUGAAUCUCAAGAAAACAUUGAAGCUGGAUGGGAAGCGGUUCAAACCUUCUUAUUUGAACUGAAACCUGCAGAGGUUAAUUGGGCUAAAAUUACCUCUUGUGUGCAGAAGACAGGAGAAAGUGUUGCAGAAUUUGAAGAACGCUUCAGACAAACUUGGAUGGAACAUGCUGGUUUGAACAACAACAUUGAAGAACUCUGUGAAGACACUAGCAUCCCUUUUAAAACCAUAUUUGUGAAUGGACUGAAACCCGAGGUUUCUAAAACUCUUAAAAUCAGGUAUGAUGACUGGGACAGCACUGGAACAACAUUUAUGCAGAUUGUAGAAUGGUCAGCAAAGAUUGAAAGAACACAGGAAGUCGAUCUCAGAGUUUUACAAUCCAAAACCUUGUCAUACAACAACAGGACAAUGGGAUACGAAAAAAGUGAAUAUCAGAGACACUCAAGAGAGAAAACUCAGGAAAGAUUUAGACAUUGCAACGAGGAAGGACACUGGAUUCGUGAUUGUAAGCUGAGUUUGAGACAAAGUGAUGACGACCACCUGUUGAAGAGGUUUCAGCAGUUGACAGCCAAACAAAAACAGACUCUGCUAAAUGCUGUGGAGCCACAGGGAAACUGAAGAACCUCUCUCUGCAGCACCAGCUAGUGACAUCUUAUCCAAAAGCUGAUGGACUCCAUGAAACCUCAACAACUGAAGCCACAGAGGAUGUCCUAGUAGACGGUGCUGCUAAACAAGCCGUAAAGGAGAGAGGUAAACAUGCAGCGGCAUUAAGACAACUUCAGCAAAACUCACAAACUGUUCUACAUAGUAAACAGAUUCAAAUUGAAUUGGCCAGGAAACAAUCAUCAUUGUUAAUGGGAGAUGUAAAAAAACAUGAUGACAACCGAUGCCUUAAGGAAAACCACAAGGAAAAUGGACUAUGCCCUUUUGAACAUGUCACAGGCCGGCCCAUGUCCACUGAAAAUCUAACAUCUGACAGCCUUGUCCAAACUGAUGAAAGACUCAGUCUGGCAGUACACAAUGCCAAGAAUCAAGUUUUGGCACCUCCAAAAGGGAGCCAUGGUUUAGUGCCCAACAAAUGGGUAAAGAUUAAAAAAACUGAUGUGUCGCAACAAGAAUACAGAUGGGAAAGACCAAUUGAGGAUCUUUUAGUAACUGACACAGCAGUUAAGGCACAGGGAAACAAUGAGUGGAUUGAUGUGAAUUUGCCUAGAGAUGAGGGAUAGAUGGCAGUAGUGUUUUUCAGAGUCCAAAUAUGGUGGGACUAGAGUUUUUAGGCUCUAGCUUGUCGCCUGAGGAUGAAGACAUGAACAUUUCACCACUGAUAAACACUGUAGUGUCCUGCCAACAUUAAAUAGGGACAGUUAUAUUGGUAAUUAGGCAUAUUUUGUUUAAACUAUUUCUUUGGAAAGAUUUGUUUCCCUUUUCUCUGGUGUGAUUGUAGGUGUCCCAGCGUUUCAGAGGAUGAGCAAAGAUAUCCAACGCUUGGACCAAACUGCACUGGCCACCUAGAUAAACAUGCCUUAACAUCCACAGAACACAACAACAUUCGUCACUUCCACAAGAUCGCAACAUUAAAAUAAAAAAAAUAACUUAGGCAUUAAAGAUAAUGCAAACCUCACCAUGAACUCUUAUUCUGUCAUCUUAAGUAAGGGAGCCUGUAUGCAGCAUUCUGUAUUCAUGAUUACUGAAAAGUAUUGCAAGAAGGAACCUGUAUACAGCAUGUGUACAUGACUACUAAAAUUAUAACUGUUUUGUAUGUUCUUUCUAUUAUGUGUGAUCAAAAAUGAUCAAAGGGGGGAUUGAAAGAUUAUUUGUUUUUAAUUAACUUUGGUUGGAUGUAUUUGGAAUCAACUGUAGGCAACUGUACUUUGUUCACACCUCUUAGGUCAACAUCAAGUCAUUGAAUGGGCUCUCCAUGGGAGAGAUCCUUUCAAGUCACCAAAAGGUUACACUAUCAUUGUCUCUCCAUGGGGUGUUAUUGUAUUGUUUGUAGCACAUUUGUUAACAGGUAUAAAGGUCUGUUCUCACAGACAGUACUUUGGGUUAAGAUUGUAUGAAGGAUGACAUGCUAACAUCACUGCUGAAGAACUGCUACACUGCUACCUUCAAUAAAUUCUUCUCCCCACAA